AUGUCUGAAAUACGCAUGCGAGAGCUUGCUGGGUUGCUCUUGGUGGAGGGGGGAAAUGUAGGUUCUAGUGGGCUUGCGUCGCCUUCCCAGCCAGCCGUUGGGGUCGUUUCCCCAGUUCGUUCACCGGUUUCUGCUCCUUCUGGUUUUCCUGUGGGUGUACAAGCAGGAAGAGGUCAGUCAAGUGCUCGUAUGGCUAGUGUCCUUUGUUACGCUAUAGCCCAGACUUCUGCCCUUAUGGUUGCUACUGCCGACCAGGUCUACUUUGUUGGUGCGAACGAGAGGCAAUUGAAAGUAUUGCAGGGUGCCUUGGCAGGCAUAUUGGAUGAAGUUCUUGAUUCAAAGGUGGAGCACCAAGUUCUUGCUGAGCAGAACUGCAUUAUGGCCUGCGAGAAGGACGAUUUAGAGGAUCAAGUGGUCACUUUAGAGGACCGAUCAAAGCGACUUGAGGACUAA